UGUCAAACAAGUGUCAAAAUUACGUUCUAUGAAAUUGAAAACAGAAAAAUUAAAAUUAAAAAUCGUACGUUUCCGUUUAUAAUUUCACGGCAUGGAUGAAAAUAUUGAUAAUAAUGUAGCUGUUUUGGCUAUAUUGGAUAAUCAGUCUUCACCAUACGAGCAGAACUUAAACAUCACAAAUUAUGAUCAGUCCCAUCAAAUAAAUCAAGAGGAAAUUGAGACCAGUGAGACAAGUAAACAAAAUAUUAUUUGGACAAAAAAUGCAACAUUAAUGUUACUGAAUUUAUAUGAAACUAAACUGAAUGUGUUAGACAAUCCAAAAAAGAAAUCCAAAAUGUGGAUAUCAAUGGCGGAAGAACUCAAAUCCUUUCAUAUUGAGGUGACACCAGAUCAAGUCAGGUGGAAAAUCAAUGCUCUUACAAAAAAGUACAAAGAUUGCAUUGAUAAUGGACAAGGGUCCGUAGUAUUCAAGUAUUUCAAUGAAAUGCAUCAGAUUCUCGGAAGAUACAAUGAAGACAGUGGAGCUUACAGGCUAGCGUCAGGUGUAAUCCAAGGCCCAGAAGUAGGCAAAAAUCUUAUUGCACCAUGUAGAAAAAUUUCCUUUAAAAACACUACACCAUUCAGAAAGUUGAGAGCAGAACGAAGGGCCAAAGUUGAAAUAGACAAGCAAUGGAUUGAUUAUAUAAAAAGACAUGAAGAACAGAAGCAAAUAAGAGAUGAGAGAUAUGAACGAAGUUUAAGGUUGAGGGAGGAAGAAUUACAGCUAAAGAAAAAGGAAUUAGAAAUAAAACAGUCAAUAGCACUAAGAAAAUUAGAGUUAAGAGAGAAAAGACAAGAAGAAAUCCUUAAAAUUGAACGGGAAAAAUGUGCUUUGUUAAGAAAAUUAUUGAAUGACCACUAAAAAUCAUUUAGUUUACUUCAAAUAUAUUUAAUAGUGCUAAUUCUAUUAUGCACAAAUCUCAAACUAAAUUGGCAGAUCUAAUAAUAAUGCUGUCUUUUUGUACAUUCUAAAAGGAUAUUUACUUUUAGACCCCAUUAGCUUACUUUACUCAUUUGUGUAGAAUGUAAUUGGUACCACUAUUCUAAAAAGAUAUGGGUGUAAUAUAAUUUUAUGUCAAAUCUCAUUAGAACUUAAAAUGUUGUAAGUAUUCUAAAUUUAUAUUUCUGUAUUAUGAAAUUUAUAAUUUAUAUUUAUUUAUUAGUUAUAUUGGAAUACUCCUUUAACAGGUUUUCCUAUAAAGCAUAACCAAUCUACCUGUUAUAGGGGUAUAACUGUAAUUGGACAUAGUUAAGGGAAAAGAAUACAACCCUAUAGGUAGUUUAAGGGAGCUACUGGGAGCUAAUUUCUAGUGUAACAUCACAAUAGU